CGCCCCGCAGGCUUGCUCGAGGAGGUCCUCUCCUGGCGGCUGAUGAUCGUGCCCGUGCUCCGCACCACCGGCGUAAACACGAAGAUCCUCGUCGCGCUCGAGCUCGGCGUGCCGCUCGUCAUCACGCCGGCCGCCGCCUCGCCCCUCACCCUGUCCAUCACACCAUGUCCAUGUCCGCGACCCGCCCGCGACACGUCGACGACACGCGCCAUAGGUCGCCGCCUCGCCCUUCGACAUCCCCGACAACGAGACCGUCGUCGCCUUCGCCUCGCAGGCGCUCGACUUCACGCAGCAGGUCGUGCGCGUCUACACCACUUCGUGGCUCUGGACGCACCUCUCGCGCGUCUCGCGCCAGCACUGGGAGAAUCUAGCCUCGCACGACCCGGCGCGCAACGACGUCCGCAACGUGCUCGUCACCGCCUGCCGCGCCACGGGACCCACCCACCACUUGCCCGGCUGGACGCCGCCGCGGAUAGCCAACGAGCCCGCGACGCCGCAGCUGCAGCUGGCGGCGCGCGGGGCGAGGCGCGGCGGCCAGGGGGGCGCGGGCGGGUCGGCGAGGCCCCGCCGCUCACCGCGCUGCUUUGGGAACGGCACUUCGGGCGAGGCGCCGCUGCUGAUGGUCGGCGCCUUCUCCGCCGAGAUGGUACUGCCGCGCUUUAACUACUUUCUUCUCGAGGUGUGGCGCGCGAUCUGCCGGCAUUGCGCGCUCGUCUGCAUGAUGCGGCGCGAGGGCGCGCCGUACUCGCUCGCGCGCGGCGCUGCGGAGCCUCCGGUCGACUUGCUCAUCGAUCCGCACUGGUCGCUCCCCCUGGAGCGGCUCGACGGCGUGGGGCACCGCUUCGUCUUCUACGCGUGGGACCCGGGCAAGAUGGGCCGCAUGUUUCACCACGCCGGAAACAUGCUCGAGAUGGUCGGGCCGGCCGAGCGGACCGUCGCGCAGGCGCUGCGCCGCCCGGCGACGGCGGCGGUGGUGCAGAUCAACAAGGAGAUGCGCUCGAGCGGCGGGUUCGUCUACUCGUGGCGCAAGGCGCUCGGCCACCUCGGGAUGAGCAAGCCGGCGGUGCAGGGCAUCGUGCAGGCGCACAUCAUGCGCUUCGCCGCCAACUGGACGGCGCACCUCAGCGCGACCACGGCCCUGCACAAGUCUGGUUGAGGAUAGAGCUUAGAGCGGAGCUAGGCCGCGGGGCGUGUGCCGGCGGGUCAGGCCGCGCUCUGAGCCGCCGACGGAGUCGCCGCGAACGGCUCGGGCUAGCGCGCGUAAAACGUCGUAAAGUAGCACACUAGAGCGAGGAGGAGCGAGUCCCGGGAGUCGGGAGUGCGGAGAGUCUCCGAGGGGACGCUCCGACGCUCGCCAAACGUGUUAAGGCACCGAAAAGAUCGAGUGACGAUGUGCGU